AGGAUGGUGGUGCAGAAGUCUGAGUCGUGGUUUCCCAUCCAGCCGCUGCUGUUAAAUUCAAUCGUGACGGCGGCGAGAUGGGGAUUGGUGUCGUUUUGUUGUUGGAACGAAGAGAGCUUCUUGGCGGCUGAAUCGGCGAAGCUUUUUAGGGAUUCCUUGGAUCGGAAAUCGUCGCCGUUGAAUUCAAAGGUUGGGUACGAGAACCAGAGGCCGGCCCAUCUUUUGCUGAGGACGCUGGCUUUACCGACGAGUUUUUGGGAUUCUAAACGAGACAGGAUGUCGUGGAGGAUCUCGUCGGGUAACGCCGAGAUGCGGUCUCGUUGAUCAUCAUGGCGGCCGGCGAUAGUGAGGGUUUUCCCCUGUUCCAUACGGGUGCCGCGGGAGGUUUUUUGUGUAUACGUUUUGGGCGAGGGGAGUGGUGUAUCCGUGUUUUGACCUA